AUGAUCUCAGCACUGAAGAAGAAAUUCGGUGCAGCCGAUUCAACGGGCACGCAAAAUGCAUCGGGCGCAAACUCACCUCAGCAAGGCGCACAACAGCAUCCACACAACCGUAAUAUGCCAGUUGUGAAAAUAGUGAUACGGGGCGAUCGAAGUGUUGGUAAGACAUGCUUACUAAGACGACUUCAGGGUCUUGCGUUCGUUGAGGAUUAUAUUCCAACUGAAGAAAUUCAGGUGGCUACAAUUCAGUGGAAUUAUCGUGCAACAGAUGAUAUCGUUAAAGUGGACGUUUGGGACGUUGUUGAUCAAAGUCUUAAGAGUUUACAGUUUGAAGAUGCAGUGUGUGAUGCGCGUUACGUGGAUGUUUACAAAGGAGCGAACGGUGUCAUCCUCAUGUUCGAUAUUACGAAAAAUUGGACAUGGGAUUAUGUGGUGAAAGAAGUGUCGAAUGUUCCGAGUAAUAUACCGGUGUUGAUUCUUGGUAAUCGUCGCGACAUGGGACAUCAUCGACAGGUCAGCGAGGACGUUUGUAAAGCAUUCGUCGACAAUUUUCAGCGGUUAUCACUCGUCGCGUACCCAUGGUCAACGUUGGCUCGUCACUGUAGUGCACUAUUCUUCUACGCACUAACGUUCGCCCAAUGGCCAUCGUACACAUUCCAUAGUUCGUUGGAUGUUCUUGCGCAGUUCAAACUCUCAACGGCUACAUUCACGUUGCUAUUCUGGUGUGCUUGCUUCUUCCACUACGUGAUGUCCGCAGGUCGAGUUCAGGUCGACUGGCGUAAUAAACGUUUUGUGGCUCGCGGUUGGUUGGUGAGGUCAAGUCGCUCCAGACAUCGUGCUAUAUUGGUGACGGCGUUUGCGAUUGCAGCAGCUACAGUCGUUCAAACCAGAACUAUGCAUUCGAUUCUGGUCGCUGAACAAGAAGCUAUCGUUUUGAAAUUAAGCAACGACGCCAACAACACCAUCAUUAAUGAGUCUCAAAUGAUAAACUGCAAAAAUAAUACAAUGAUGUGCAAUGCGAGUGCCACAGGUGUUGAUUGUAUUAAGGUUCGUGCCACUUGUGUAAUCAGAUGUAACGCCGCAAACAUCAAUGGAACAUCGUCAGAAGGUCUAUGUGUUCAGUCAGCGUUACCGAAUGCAUUCGCCCAUUCAUCUUUGUGUACGACGAUAACGUUGUUGAGGGUGGAUUUUGCACUGUGUAUCUCUUUUGCGAUUUAUUUGGGUAUACGAUUAAACAUUGAGCCGACCGGUAUGGUUUGGCGUCGAAGGCCUGCUGCAACGACGAUUCAACAGCAGCAAAGACAACGCGGAGGCCGUCACAACAAUAGGGUCAUAAUUUCAAUCGAAUCUGAAGAAAAUAAUGUGGCUGAUGUGCACUGGCAUAGGCAUCAGCGUGCUCUUACUCAAGGUAUCACUCACAGUCACAAUUUCGAGAAUCGAGCAAGAAGAAAUGGGACGGUAAGUAGACAAACUCUGAGUUUAAUGCAUUCUGAUGGUGAACUAGAGGACGGCUAUUUUGAUGGAGCGACCGAGAUGCAGCGAUUGAGAUCGGCAAAUCCUCGGAACCAGAUCGAUGUUGUUGGGAACGGUCAAGAGAUUUCCAGUGAUUUUGAUGAAAGUGCAACUCGAUUGGAAAAAUUUGCGCAUAAGUGUGAAGAGGAGUUUCGAAAGGGUCACUGCUGUGUCAAACCGAAAUUGGAAGUGCCCGAAGAACCAGAAGAAUGUCAAAUCUGUUGGCAACAUUUUGCGAAUCGUCAGCUGAAUUGUGGUCAUUUGAUUUGUUGUUGUUGUAUAAUUGAUAUGGUUCGUUAUUCGAAUACGCCAGAUGUGUCGACACUGAAUUGCCCAUUCUGCCGACAGCGAAUCUGUUGUGCGUACGAAUUGAAGGUGAUCGUUUCCGAUGAAACUGUACCGUUAACACAAUGUUGUUCGCCUCCAUGCGCAAAUGGCACACUGGCAGCGCAAGUUCGCUUCACGCAGUCUUCGAUGCGUAAUGCUUUCGGUCUUCGUAUGCUGUACCUUUUCUUCAAUAUACCCUUCCUGUUCUUACAGCGUGAAACUUUAUUGGGACAACUGGAAACAAACAAAUAUGAGAUUCAGUUGAGUUACGAUGAACUGGAUAUGUAUGAAGAGACACAAGAUGCUGAUUACGAUACAUUCAUCGAAGGCUUGUCGAUGCGUCGUCGAGCUGCUGCCGAGCAGAUGGCGCCUUUGCCAAGUGGCGCAGGAACUGGUGGUGCCACUCCAAGCCGGUUUUCACCAAUGGGCGGCGGCCAGCCGAUUCCCGUUCCUCUGGCCAUGUCGUCGAAAUCUUCACCGACCAAUUGCAAAGUUGAUGCUGCCACCCUAAAGUCUACUUCAUCACAACCCAAUUUGCCCGUACCGAGAUCAAAAGGAGGUGUUGAACGGGAUACAAUAUCUGUUACGAACGGUACAGUUGGUGAUGAGCAACUGCGGAAAACGAUGGACCGAUUUUUGACAGAUGCGAAUAAUUCGAAAGAUUUGAAACAAAGACCCAACAAUUUGCCAUUAAGAGCGCGACGUUCGACUAACAGCGAUGACGAAAAUGCAGCAAACGCGAUGGUCGCCACCUACGAGGAGGACUUCUCAUCAGAUGACGAAGCGCUAGCAGCAUCGAUGAGUUCAUUCCAGAAACAGUUCCAAGAGACCAUUGGAACUGGUUCAGGUGCCCAUUGCAAAACAAUUGCUCGAGAUCGCAAUAUGGGCAAUUCACACAAGGAACUCGAUACUCCAAUGGCCUACAAAGUCCCACUGAGUGGUGACUCGUCAAGAAGUACGCCAAGUGGAGAUCAUGAGCACAUGGGAAGUCAUAUCGCUGGUGGUUGUUCAUCAUUAACCAGUAGUUCGUAUAACUCGCCGACACAUACCGUUAGAAAACCUGAUUCAGUGACACUGGAUUCACCAGGAAUUACGGCUGAAGAUUUAGACGCAUGGCUGGGAUCACCUUCAGAUUCUCUACCGAACAUCAGUGAAAAGAAUAAUGCGCCGCUCCUGAGCGAUGAUGAUGAAGAUAGUCGUCAUAAUCCGUUGGUAUCUCGAAUGGGCGUUGAAGAGGACUCGGAGAGUGAUGCUGAGCUACAUGAUGAGAAUACACCAGUGGUGAGUACGAAACGGCAGAAGGACAUGAAAAACUCUCUGAGAGUAGCGGUGGAUCACAGAACGCAGGCCAACUCUUCGACUGCAACACCUUCGCCGAAUCCGUCGGAAACGUCAGAAAAACGAAAAAAGAAGAAGAAAAAAGUGACGACAAGCGGUGAAGAGAAACCGAAACGAUCGAAGAAGAAGGAAAAGGGGCCGUCGUUGUCAACGAAAAAAAAGCAUCAUCGUCGUCGUGAGCUUAGUGAUAUUGGCAAGGAUACAGCGUUGAGUAAAUUCUUAGAAACUGAUGAAAAGCAGAUUGAUCCGGAUUUGUAUGACGCGUUGUGA